AUGAUCCAUGGAUCAACAAGCAGAACCGAGCUUGGUCUAGAAAGGAAUUGUAGGUGUCAUCAUUUAGAUACAGCGAAUGAAUACCCAAGCGCAUUUGAAGCAAACCUUCAAAUUAAAGCUUUCGAUUUAACUCAGAAGAUCAACUUCAACAAACCCAUUACUAAACAGGACGCUAAGAAUAAUUUGCCAAACAACUCCAAAACCCACUGA